AUGUCUAGAUUUUGGUUCAUGUUGUUUCUUGCAAAUGAGUACAAGAUUGUGGUAGUUGGGUUGGAUAAUGCAGGGAAGACCAUCACUAUUUACAAAUUGCACUUGGACGAGGUGGUAACUACUCACCCUACCGUUGGUAGCAAUGUGGAAGAGGUUGUCUACAAGAACAUAAGUUUUGAGGUUAGAAUCCUUGCUCAAAGUCUAUUUUUUUUCCUUUUGGUGCUGUUGACACCUAACAUUAAUUUGACCUGA